UCCCUCUCCGAUUCGCCCAAUUCCCCCCAAAUCCCCAGUUCCAAUAAAUAAAAAAAAAGGCCCUAGUCCCUCCUCUCACUCUCUCUAUAAAUCCCCGAUUGAUUCCCCAAACCCUAAUAAGACCUCGUCGCGAAAUCCACAAAUUCCACUCUCCGACGCGCUUCUACUUUCUAGGUUUCUACUUUUCUAGGGUUUGGGCGAGGGCGAUGUCGGGGCGGGGGAAGGGGGGGAAGGGGUUGGGGAAGGGCGGGGCGAAGCGGCACCGGAAGGUUCUCCGCGACAACAUCCAGGGGAUCACGAAGCCCGCGAUCCGGCGCCUGGCGCGGCGCGGCGGCGUGAAGCGCAUCAGCGGGCUCAUCUACGAGGAGACGCGCGGCGUGCUCAAGAUCUUCCUCGAGAACGUCAUCCGCGACGCCGUCACCUACACCGAGCACGCCCGCCGCAAGACCGUCACCGCCAUGGACGUCGUCUACGCCCUCAAGCGCCAGGGCCGCACCCUCUACGGCUUCGGCGGGUGAUCGAGCUAGGGUUUCGGUUUUGGUUCCCUAGGGUUAGGGUUUCCAUUUGUGUUUCGUUUUUUCCUCUUUGUGGUUGUUGUUGUCGUUGUUGUUGUGAGGGGUUCGGAUGUAGAGGCUUUUGGGAUCGUUGAAACCCUAAAUGGUGGAAAUUUAAAAACAUUGGGGGAUUUAUUCGUAAAGGUGCUUCUUUUAUUGCUCUAUUGUUAAUUUUGAACUUGUAUUGUUGUUUUAUUUGUUUAAUUUUUCUUAAUUAUAACUUUCUUCGAGUUAAAUGCUGUGGA